CUAGCCCUGAAAUCAAUCGAUCACGUGCACUGAAAGAUCUCAAUGGAUUUGUCAGCGAGCUCGUCAAGGUUGUUGCACGUGAUCAUUCUGAUCCCAUACAAACCACCAUGAUCUCUGACACGGCCGCCAUCUUCCUUGCGGUUGCGCUCUUUCUGUCAAACGUGGAGCGACUAAUUUAUGUGUUUCAUUGGAUCUGGGUCUCUGUGGGACAACUGUGCGGUCGGCCGAGUCGCCAGGCUGUGCCUUAUUGGAGCCGACAAG